AGAUAUUUCACAGAUUUCCCUGAACGUACUAUYGACAAGAAUGGUUACAUGGUCAUUCCCUCUACAAACCACAGCAUAACAUUCAAAGAUGUACACCCGCAAGUUAUUCUGGUUGACUAUUCUAGAUGCUCUAUAUCAAAGUAUCAUUUUAUUUUUCUGUUGUUCACUGCUCUUUGAAGACACACCAGUUGAUGAUAGGAUGGUUGGUAUAACGAUACAUCAAGCUGCUGUUAUCUUGGCAAAUCUACACUUGGGGCUAGCCACUUCUCAAUGGACAUGGAUACACCAUCUUUUCCUAUGGGGUAGCAUCAUAUUAUCGUUUGCAUGGACUAUAUGCUUUGGUCUUGUUCAAGUCACCCAUAAAAUCUACUUUGUUUCUAUUACUUUAUCAAGCAAGGAAUUCUGGUCGCUUUGCGCGUUGAUAUCUGUUACAGCUCUGUUACCAAGAUAUUCACUUUUGGCACUACGAAGAACAGUCUGUCCCACACAGAUUGAUGAAGCUCAGAUACAGAAAAGAACUAAACCAUGAUUUAAUUCAGCACAUAAAAUAGAUGCAAAUGGAUACAAUGAAGAACCAAAAACACAGAGUUCUGUCGUUAUGUUAUAAGAAUGAGCAAAAAAGAAUUUCCUUUCCAAACCAACAAAUAACAACAAAAAUAACCAGAUCCUUAAUAAAAAACACAAAAUAUUAAAUAAGUUGGUUUUUAGCAUGUCAAAAUUUGGUAUUUAUAAUACUCCAAGUAAAAAGAAUAAGAGUGUUCCAGGUUAGAAAGGUAGAUUACUGGACAGGUAUAUAUAAUAUUGAGAAAUAUAAUGCAUAUCUUCAAUAAUAAAAGAUAAAUACAUCAAAUAUAUGUUUCACAAGUUUCA